AUGUUUGAAAUUCUAAAGCGUCUAACUUUUUCUUUUAAAAAAGCUUCUUCCUUCUCUUCCACAGAUUCUGAAAAGGGUAUCUCUCCUGGCAAAGAUAUUGGUGUAGUUUCUGCAGUGUUCCUUAUCUUCAACCGAAUGGUUGGGACAGGAAUUUUUGCUACACCAUCAGCCAUUUACUCUCUCUCUGGAUCUGUAGGUGCAUCACUGCUUAUGUGGGUAGCAGGAGCACUUAUUGCUGCUUCUGGUCUUGCUGUAUAUCUCGAAUGGGGAACUGCCAUACCCAAAAAUGGUGGUGAAAAAAACUACCUUGAGUACUUCUAUAACCGCCCUAAGUUCCUCAUGGUGUCUAUGUUUAGUUUUUAUGGUCUUUUGUUGGGUUGGGCAGCCUCCAACUCUGUUGUAUUUGGUGAAUAUGUUUUAACUGCUGCAAAUGUGCCAGUAGACCGCUGGAAUCAACGUGCUAUUGGAGUGGCUUGUAUUACAUUUUGUUUCUUGAUACAUUCAUGUCAUGUUAAGACUGGUCUCUGGAUUCAAAAUGCUCUUGGUAUAUUUAAAUUGGUUGUCAUUGCAGCUAUUAUCAUCACUGGAGCAGUGGGACUUGCUGGUGGUUUGCCUUGUCCUAAAACAGAUAACUUCGUCAAUGCAUUUGCAGGGGAGAAGCCAAGUGGUUAUGGUGUUGUGAUGGCACUUUAUAAUGUCAUUUGGUCUUUUAUUGGUUACUCAAAUGCAAACUAUGCUCUUGGUGAGGCUCGUGACCCUGUGCGCACACUUCGUAUUGCUGCCCCGCUUGCUUUAAUUGGCGUAUCAAUUCUCUAUCUGCUCGUUAAUGUGUCUUACUUUGCUGUUGUUCCAAAAUCAGAUCUUGUGUCUAGUGGCCGAGUACUUGCUGCCUCUUUUUUCCGUCAUGCGUUUGGACCUUCUGCUCAGCGCGCCCUCGCAGCAUUUAUAUCGCUUUCUGCACUUGGUAACGUCAUGGCUGUUAUAUUUUCUCAGGGACGCAUUGUUCAAGAGUUAGCUCUUGAUGGUAUUUUGCCCUUUUCACGCUUUUUUGCUUCCAAAAAACCGUUUAAUUCUCCAGCAGCUGGCCUAUUUUCCCAGUGGUUUGUGUCUGUAAUAAUCAUGGUAGCUCCUCCUCCUGGAGAUGCCUACAACUUUAUUCUCAAUGUUAUCUCGUACCCGUUGGCUAUUAUCAAUGCAUUGGUCGCUUUUGGUCUUCUUGUUUUAUCUAUUCGCCGAGAGAAGUAUAACUGGUUCCCUCCAAUUUGCUCACCAGUGCCUGUUACAAUAUUUUUCCUUAUUUCCUCCUUGUAUCUUGUUGUUGCACCAUUUAUUCCUCCUUCUGUGGCAAGUCAAAGUGUUUACGAGCACUUGCCAUAUUGGCUGCAUUGUGCUGUAGGGAUUGGGUUUUUCGUUGUUGGAGCGAUUUACUGGGCUAUUCGGUUCAAGGUGCUUACUCGUAUCUGGCCAAAUAAGUUUCCAGAAGUUCCCAUAAGUUUUCGAAAUGAAGAUAUCAAAAUCAUUGUUGACAAUAAGUUGAGCGAUUCUGAUGAUUCCACUGUUUGUUAA